UCGGAAGAAGCCUCUCCACGUCUUUUUCUACAUCGUUUAGACGCAUUCAUUUUCGCUAACCAAAAAAAUAAAAAAUAAAAAAUAAAAUCCCUCUCCUCUCCCUCGUCCUCUUCCUCGAGAAAUGUAAGAGAGCGGAAAAUCAAGCAACACAGGCAGAUACAGAGUGCAAAAUCAGGGUUUAUUUUGAGCAACUGAUAGCUCGAGAUUAUAGUCAAAAUGCCGUUGACGAGAUACCAGAUAAGGAACGAGUAUAGUUUAGCCGAUCCAGAGCUGUACAAGGCUGCUGAUAAAGAUGAUCCAGAAGCGCUUUUGGAAGGUGUCGCCAUGGCUGGCCUCGUCGGCGUCUUGCGCCAGCUCGGUGACCUCGCCGAGUUCGCUGCUGAGAUAUUUCAUGGACUGCAUGAAGAAGUUAUGACAACUGCAGCAAGAGGCCAUGGGCUGAUGGCUCGGGUACAACAGCUUGAGGCAGAAUUUCCUUCAAUCGAGAAGGCAUUUCUCUCCCAAACUAAUCAUUCACCAUUCUUUUCCAGCUCAGGUGUUGACUGUCAUCCUAAUUUGCAAAUGGAGCAGAAUCUAAUUGCUCGUGGAGACUUACCUCGCUUUGUAAUGGACUCUUAUGAAGAAUGCCGUGGUCCUCCACAGUUAUUCCUCUUGGACAAGUUUGAUGUUGCUGGGGCUGGGGCAUGUUUGAAGCGUUAUACUGAUCCAUCAUUCUUUAAAGUUGAAACAGCAUCUUCUGGAAUAGCAACUGUAGAGGUUCAGAGGGAGAAGAAAAUUCGAAAAAAGAAGAAAGGAUCAAGGUAUAGAAAUGGAGAAACUCUUGAAGUACAAACAUCACGCACCAAAUUGCAUGAGUUGUUGUUACAGGAACAUUUUGAGAAUGGUCAUUCUGAUCCUGCACGGCUAGUGAAAUUGAAGAGAAGGCAGAUAAAUGGAUCUCCAUUUGAUCUGAAACCUGGGAAAAGUUACAUGGAGAAAUUUGUGCUCACUCCUUCACCAGAGCGUAAACAAGUUUGUGAAGAUUCUGUCACUCGAUCACCUUUGAAAUUUACGUUGGAUAAUUCUAGUGAAUCAGGCUAUGAAAUACAUGAGGUCAGUGUGGUAAGUCCUGCAAAAAAGUCAUUAAAUGGAGUCGAAAGUUCAUCUUCAUCACCGAGUGAACAAGAGGCCAUGCUUAAACCUGUUAAGGAUGAGUUGGAUAGGGAGGCUGUUGAUAGUGGAAUUAUUAUGGUAUUUGACCCAAUUGUUGAUCGUGGGAUGGAUGAAUUGCCUCCAACUGUCUAUAAGAUGGCUAUUGAAGAGGAAUUAUUAGUUGAUGCAGAUAUAAAAAGAGAGGGCACAGUAGAUGGGGACCAUUCUGAUGAUAUGGCAAGUGAAGUGGACAACUACAUGGAUGCCCUUACUACCAUGGAUUCUGAAAUGGAAACAGACAAUGAGUAUAAAGCUAAAAAUGCUCAGGACUUGAUCGAUAUGAGGACACAAGGUGCAGAUUCUGAUGCAAAUGAGGAGCAGCUGGAUUUUCAAGCUAAUUCUUCAGAUUCUCAAUCUAUUGGAAACUCUUCUCUGUCUGAGGGUGGGAACAGUUUGUUUAAGAAAGGAACUUCUAGCUCUUCUUACUCUGACACUCUCUGCAAUUUGGUUGAGAAUACAGCAUCUGAUGUUGAAGGAGCAGGUAAAUGGUUCCCUUCUGCCACUUCUACUGAAAACCAUGCGGCAAAUGUUACUGAUCUGCCAUCAGAUCAUCCACCUGUAUAUGCGGAGACUGGCAUAACUGAAUCCCAUCACCUUGAUACAAGGGAAGACAAAAUCCCUGAUCCUGUUGAAGCUUCUUGUAGUUCUUGUCCUGCAGAUUCGAAUCCUGUCUUCCUGCUUUCAGUUCCUGCUGCACGUUCCAUGGCAAGCCCCUUGACAGGACCUGAAUUAGUUGAGGCAUCCUCUGGCAGUGCUGAACUUGGCUCCAAAUCACCGCACUGUGAAAGAAAUGGGUUGUACCUGACUGAUUCUUUCAUUGCUUUAACUGAUAUCCCUUCACAGAUGGGGCAUGAUGCCUCACUUCCAGAUUCUUCUAAAAGUCAUUCUGUGGAUGUGUUAGAUCAUGAAGAUCCAGACAUACUAACUGAUGCUCUCGUGCAUGUGUUGAACAUGUCAGAUCUGGCUUCUGAAAAGAAAGUCAGUGAUGAUUCUGUGAAUGAAGUGCUUCAAACAGAUUGUGCAGCUGAGCAUUCAACUUUGACACCAGCAGAGGAGCAAUUUCCUCACUCAGCUUUGCCUGUAGUGGAGUUGGAUUCUGGUGUCCCAUCUCUGCCUGGUAAUUCAAAAGUUGUGAAGCCUGAUGGUUUGGUUUCUAAAGCGGAUGAUGAAAUUUUAAUGAGGGAAGGGAGCGCGGAAAUUUCUACAACAGUGGUGGAUACUUUAGAGUCGGAGUGCAUUAACGAGCAUCCAUUCUCUGAUGUAACAGCAGAUGCUUCACAAGAGGAACUUGACUCAACAAAAUUAAGACUCCCAUGUUCUGAAGAGAAUGUGAAACUUGAAGAAAUUUCUGAGGGUCCAGAUUCUGAGGAAAAGAAUGCUUUCACGAAGAAAGUGGAUAUUACAAGAGGAGAUGCUACUUAUUUUGAACUUGAAUCAUGUAGUUCAGAUAAACCAACUCCUGAAGAUCAUGUAAAUUUGGCUGGUGAUGUAACUGAAACUGUUCAAGCAGAAGACAUGGCUGUAUCAACUGCUGCUACGAGUGGUGUAGAUGCUGAGGAAAGGAAUGCAUUCGCGAAGAAAGUGGAUAUGACAAGAGGAGAUGCUACUUAUUUCGAACAUGAAUCAUGUAUUUCAGAUAAACCAACUCCUGAAGAUCAUGUAAAUUUGGCUGAUGAUGUAACUGAAACUGUUCAAGCAGAAGACAUUGCUGUAUCAACUGCUGCUACAAGUGGUGUAGAUGCUGAGGAAAAGAAUGCAUUCACGAAGAAAGUGGAUAUUACAAGAGGUGGUGCUACUUCUUUCGAACAUGAAUCAUGUAUUUCAGAUAAACCAACUCCUGAAGAUCAUGUAAAUUUGGCUGAUGAUGUAACUGAAACUGUUCAAGCAGAAGACAUGGCUGUAUCAACUGCUGCUACGAGUGGUGUUGAUGCUGAGGAAAGGAAUGCAUUCGUGAAGAAAGUGGAUAUGACAAGAGGAGAUGCUAAUUAUUUCGAACAUGAAUCAUGUAGCUCAGAUAUACCAACUCCUGAAGAUCAUGUAAAUUUGGCUGAUGAUGUAACGGAAACUGUUAAAACAGAAGACAUGGCGGUAUCAACUGCUGCUACAAGUGGUGUAGAGGCUGAGGAAAAGAAUGCAUUCACGAAGAAAGUGGAUAUUACAAGAGGAGGUGCUACUUCUUUCGAAGACGAAUCAUGUUCAGAUAAACCAACUCCUGAAGAUCAUGUAAAUUUGGCUGAUGAUGUAACUGAAACUGUUAAAACAGAAGCUAUGGCUGUAUCAACUGCUGCUCCAAGUGGUGUGAACAAUGAAGACGUCAGCAAUGUGAUCAUUCUGUCUUCAGAGUUAGUUUGUUCCCCACCUAGGAAUUCUACGGAGAUGGUAGAAUCUCUUUCAAUCUCUGAGGAUCCAAAUCAGACUAGUUUGAACCUUGAUGAGGUAACUUCUGCCAAAUGUCUGUCAGAAUCACAGGUAAAGAUGGAAGUGACUUCUACAGAUUGGGAUUCUAGUUCAUACAAACCAGUUUCUGAAGACUAUCAAAAUCAAGAGGUAAUUGAAGUUCAUAACCCUUCUUCGGAAGUGAGCAACCAGGAGUCUGAAUCUAAAGAUAACCAUCAGAGUCAUUGUGGGGAGGUUGGUGACAAUCCUGUUUGUUCGCCUGUCUGUUAUCCACCAGAGUCAGGAAAUGGUUUAGAACAGUCAAUUGAGUUGCAAGCUGAUCAAAUUAGUGCAGAGUCCAUGCUUGCAAACGGUGCGAGUUCUUUGUUGAGUAGUCAAAAUUCAUCUGCCGGCUACCUUUUAGGGCCUGGAAUUCCUCCGGAUCACACAUCAGAAUUGCAAUCUGAUCAACUAGACAGGAGAUGCUUGAAGUCAGGUGAAGCAAGUUCUACAUCAGCAGAUGUUCAGUCAGAACAGAUACAGAAUCUGCAUAACAUAACCGAUGAAAGAUGCCCUGAACCUUCCAGUUUGAAAGACCUCUCCAGUCAAGAAUUUCUACUGCAAUCAGCCUGUCAGGGACAUAAUGUUACUGAUCAAGCAAUAAAUCCAUUUGAUUCUGCUUUUCCUAGCUUUGGUGCACUCCCUGUUCCUGAGACAAGCCAGGUCAAUCCAGAGGCAAUGCCACCAUUGCCACCUCUACCUCCGAUGCAAUGGAGGUUGGGGAAAAUUCAACCUGGUCCACCAGACGCAGACAGAGAUAUGAUGGAUCAUAGUCAACCUACUUCUCAACCAAUUGAAACAUUUAUUGUUGAUCAGAAGGUCCAGUUUGAUUUCCCAGCAUUAGAUAGAGAGAUUGUGCAUCCUUCAAACCCAUUUUUGUCUCUCCCUGUUGAAGACAGUCAGAGGUCUCAACACUUGACAACAGAGUUAAUGGGAAAUUCCUUGCUGCCAACUACACUCUUGUCAGGAAUGCCAACCAUUGACAACGAUGCACAAUAUCAACAGGAUGACCUCCUGUCAGACAGAACACAAUCUGUGAACUCAUCUUUGGCCUUAUCAGAAAUGCCUGGUGAGAGGCAUGAGCAUGGCUUCCUUCAACUAGGAGGAGAAUCCAUGCAAUUUAGUUCCAACCCAUUCUCACUAGAGCCGGGCAUAAAUGAUACAGCUGCUGUAAAUGAUUCAAUGCUCCGUCUAUUUAGCCAAUCAGCACCCGAAACAGGAUUGGAGGUGAAGUUUCCCGGACAGAGUUCACAAAAUGCAGAAGGGGAACAAGAGAAUUCUUCUGGUGAAUCUGCAGUGCCACUAAAUACAGAAGAAGAGCAGCAUCACCAUGAUUUUGUAACUUCACAUGGACUGCCAAUAUGGCCGCCAACUACAUUAGGUAUGACACCACCAACCUAUGAAGUUGGAAAGACAAAUGGAAAGAAGAUUCCUCGCCCUCGAAAUCCUCUCAUUGAUGCUGUUGCUGCACUUGAUAAAAGCAAGUUGAGAAAGGUGGCUGAACGAGUUCGACCGCAGCUGGGACCCAAGUUAGAAGAAAGAGAUUCACUGCUGGAACAGAUACGAACCAAGUCCUUUAACUUGAAGCCUGCAACCGUGACAAGGCCUAGCAUGCAGGGUGUUCAGGGUCCGAAAACCAACUUGAAGGUUGCUGCCAUCUUAGAAAAAGCAAAUGCAAUUCGCCAGGCAUUGACUGGAAGCGACGAAGAUGACGAUUCAGACAGCUGGAGUGAUUCUUAAUCAAAACUCCUGCCCACAUCAUGUCAAGGUUGCAGGAGAUAUUGCCUCGAGAUUCUUCAGAGAUGUUAUAUCCUCUCCCUUGAAGUAAAUAUCAAACAUCUACAAUUUUUGGUAUUCUUUUGCUCUCUGCACUAUAUCAUGUAUAAUAUACUCUUCUUGCCCCCCUCCCGCUCAUGUCUUCAUCCCCUACAUAUAUUCAACAAAGAUGUCUUGCCAGUAUGCUGCUCUCUGCAUCCUUGGAAUUCCAGUGUCGAGGUGAAAUGAUUCAAGAUUGACUGUGGGUCAGCGUGUAAGCGCUCUACCCAAAAAAUUGUAUUGUUCUUUCUCAAAGUAUAUUAGCAGGUGUAAAUUGUUGGAGUCGCAUAAUUUGUGAUGUGCUAGGAACAUCAUGAAAUUUUGCAACCUCGUAUGUUUUGUCGUGAUACGUAGUUUCUGCCAUACAUUGCUGUUUGUUUCUGGCUUAGGAACGAUCCCUUGAUGGUUUGGGUGAUUCUUUACUGUAAUUAUCACUGAAUUGGCACGAUUAUUUUGUCUACUUACGAUUGAAUAUAUUAUAUUGCAGCCAAAAGUUGGAUAUGCC